AUGGGCAUCCUUCCUGGCAGAGAGUUGUCGGUCAUCAAAGUCGCCUCGCACAUAUCGCAGGCCAAACGCCUAGAGCUGCCAGAGGAGGUCCAGACUCACAUGAGGCACAAUGACUUAGCCGACGAAUGGGCCAAGCAAGGAGCAGACCUCAGCGCGCCGCCAGAGUGGGCCACGUUGCAGGUCAAGCAGGAGCUCAAGGCCACCAAGCGCGUGCUCGAGUACAUCGGGCACUUCAGGGUCCUCCUCGACGGGGUCAAGUUGGCGGAGCCUAGGCACCCGCACGUUCUGGAAGUGUGCCGCGGUUAUUCCAAGUGCACCAACUGCGGCAAGGCGCCGCCGCUCGGCCUGUGCGACAGCGAGCAGACCAUGGAGAUCAGGGACGCCCAUGGCUACGACGAUACCGACGAGUUCGCGGCCCUCAGCGUGCACAGCGACCUCGAGGUGGUGGAGGCAGACGGCAAGGCCACGCAGGCCACAGGCACCCAGGCGUCAGAGCGCGAGUCGACGUGGGCGACGGUGCUACGGCUGGCGCUGGGGCAGCUCCUGUUCCCACGGUGCCGCCUGCUGCUCAACCCGCUGGCGAGCCUGGAGCUGAUCAGGGGCGGCCUGGCACCGCUGGCGGGGUCCCCGCCGCCCUCGGCUGGGGCUGCGGCGGCCUCGGAGCCAGAGCGGGGUGCGCGCGGGCGGGCGGCCUCUGCCCAGCCCGCCAGGAGUGGCCAGGCGCUGCCUGAGACGGCCAGAGCCGCUUCAUCGGAGCCUCGGCCACAUACGGUCGAGAUCAUUGGCAACUUCGUGGUCUGCGUCGUGUGCGGUUCCUACUACAGCUCGGUGGCCAGGAACCUCGGCGGGCCGCGCAGGCGGCUGGACCCGCGCGACCCAGGCGACAAGGAGCACCUCAGGGGGGUCGUCGACGUCGGCGUCUGCGUCGUCGGCGACGACAACGAGCAUCGAACCUGCAGGAUCACGUUUUCCGAGCGCACUUGGCUCUGCAUAG